AAUAGUUUUUAAUCUCAUCAUGAUACCUAGGGGCUUCAGUCAGUACCUAUGCCUCUUAGCAAUGCUUCUAGUCUUUAGUGGGAGUGAAAUUGGUGCAGUUGACAGGGGAUAUAUCUUCACAGCGCCCAAGAAAUUCCUUGCUGGCGAGACAGAGAGCGGCUGUUUAUCACUCCAUAACUUGGAACCACCGGCUCACGUGUUAUUAGAGCUAUUAUCGCCGGCAUCAGUCAAUGAUGAAGAGGUUUUGGCCUCUACGAGCACGCUCCUUGAUUCUGGUGUCGAGACAUGUUUGGAAUUGGCUGUACCAGAUCGUGUGCAGAUGACAUAUACGAUGGCAAGGUUGAGAUUAAAGAUCAGGUUCGAUAAGUAUCCAGAAUAUCACGUCAAUACAGAAAAGGAAGUUUAUAUUGAGUAUGACUCGGUUAUAAUGUUUGCUGAAACGGAUAAGCCGGUUUACAAGCCUGGACAGGAUGUUAAUAUUCGUCUUCUUGCUUUAACGCACGAUUUGAAACCUUGGAAGCGUCAGAUUCCCAAAGUUUGGAUCGAAAAUCCUUCGGAAGUGCGAGUUGCACAAUGGACAAACCUCAGUACAGACCGCGGAAUAGUUCAACUUCUGUUCCCCCUCUCCCCAGAACCGAGUCCGGGUACUUGGAGAAUUAAAGUAGAAAAGAAAAAAUCUCAUCCCCAGCUGACCCACACCUCGACCUUCGAGGUACGCAAGUAUGUUCUUCCCCGUUUCCAAGUAACUAUAAAGGGCCCAAGUUAUAUACUGGCAGAUGCUGACAAUGCCACGUGGAGCAUUUGUGCUAGAUACAGCUACGGUGAACCAGUUCGUGGAUCUUUGAGGCUUAAAUCUAGCCCUCAAACUCCAAGUUGGAGGAGAAAACACAACUUUCCAGCUAUCAAUUAUGAAACUAGAAUUGAGUCUCCAGAUGGAUGCGCCGAGCCUUUCACAAUUACAAGUUCUGGAAUGGGUCUUCCACAUUGGGAAGUGGCCCCCAAUAGUAUUGUUUUAACUGCAAAUCUAACAGAAGAUGGUACAGAAGUUGUGGAAACAGCCACAAGUCGUACAGUUGUUGUCCACCAAGCUCUGAAACUCGAAUUCUUGCCCCAUACUCCUAAAUACUUCAAACUAGGCCUUCCAUACCACGGGAAAUUGAGAGUUCUGAAGCAAGACGAAACUCCAGCACCUGGAGAAAAAAUUCAACUCUGCCUCAGAGUUCGAGGCAAGGACGAAUGGGUGAGAGUCGUCGUCGAGUGUCGAAAUUUCACAUCAUCUCCUCUUGGUUUUGUAAACUUUAUUGUACCUUCUCAGCAUAAAAACAUCGUUCUCCUCAGCUUCGUAGCUACUGGAAUAGAAUACUCAACAAAAUACUACUCUCCCGAUAAACGUUGGAGGGUUUUUAUGGAUCAACCAUCAGCAUAUAUCGACGUUGGUGCCUGGUACUCCCCUUCGGAUAGUUAUCUGGCUGUCGCACGUGGUGAUCAGCCGAUCGUUUGUGGAGAAAAGUAUCCAUUCAACGUUAUGUACACGAUGCCAAAUGAGAUGAACGGCUCUCGAAAUGACUCAGUUGCUUUUCACUACUCGAUCAAUUCCAAGGGAGAUCUAUUGAUUUUCGGGCAUGUUAGGCAUAAACCCCAUCGAGAUUCUGUUUUAAAUUAUUCAGAUUUCAAAAAUGUUCUUGGAGCCGUCGAAACCACCACAACUCCAGCUUCCAGUAACUACCAUCAAUCACAUCAUCACUCCAAUGUAACUAGGAAUGAACCUAUGGCUCACACUGUUCAUCGAUUUCCGUUGAGUGUCAAAGUUACUCCAAGUAUGGCACCCAUUUCCGAAUUACUUCUGUAUUAUGUGAGACCCGAUGGGGAAACUGUGGCUACUACCUAUACUAUUGAAGUUGGUCAUUGUUUUGAAAAUCGAGUCAAAACCCAUUGGCAAGAGGAUACACAGUCGCCUGGAGAAGCGGCACGAUAUCAUGUGGAAGCUGCACCAUGGUCGCUGUGUGGAAUUUCCGUUGUCGACCAAUCAACAAGCUAUUUGUCGGAUAUUAAAAAGAGCCUCGUUGAUGCUGAUGAAGCAUUUGAACAGGCCAAGAGAUUUCAUUUGAAUCGUGAUACACCGAUCUUAUAUCAAAGUGUUUGGAGUCACUGUAAAAAAACCAAUCAACCCGAAACAAGUAUUGAGGAGAUUGAUCCGCUCCCUUCUCCUGCAGUGGAAGUCCCCCCAGUUUGGGACUUGCGAGCAGCUCCGAAACAACCUUGGAAUCGCCAGCUUCACAGAGAGGGUCGUCAAAAACGCAGUGUCAUCCAUAAUGGUGGAGUCAAUUAUGUUGACGCAAUGCAGGCUUUCGAUGAUUUUGGGGUAAUUGUAAUGAGUGAUUUGAUUCUUGAAUCGCGUCCAUGUCCCCAAAAUCAGUGGAUUAGGUCUAGGGAGAAUAUUGAUUUCGAAAUGAUGCGAACGAGAAUGGAUGAGCCAGAUAGAAUGUGGGGAACAGUGCGAAUGAUGCCUCAAGCUUUCCCCUUGUUGAAUUUUGCGGUAGUGGAUUCAUCAGCUCCAGGUCCAGAUCUUGGCUAUGCUGAUCAACUGCCGGAUCAUAUUUUGAAAGCUCCAAGAUCAUACUUCCCAGAGACGUGGCUUUGGGACCUUGUUGCAACCGGUAAGGAAGGUCGUGCUGUCGUUAAACGAAACCUCCCGCAUACUAUCACCAAUUGGAUUGGUCAUACCAUCUGUAUCUCCUCGAAUUAUGGCCUUGGAAUCGCUCAACCCGUUCAAAUCAACGCUUUUCAACCGUUCUUUCUGGACUACAGUAUCCCUUAUAGCGUUAAACGAGGAGAAUUACUCCGCAUGAGAGUUUCCCUCUUUAAUUAUAUGCAACAUAAUUUACCUGUGAAAAUCCAAUUGGUGAAUGCCCCUGGAUUUGACCUCCAUCUCUCUAAUUCUACAGGGAAAUACUGCGUGGAGGCACGAAAAAGUGUAGUACACGAAUAUGUCCUCCGACCUCGAGUUAUUGGUGAAAUCAAUGUUACUGUCUCCGCAGCAGUUGAUCCAGACUUUGACAAACCUUGUGGUCCAAACACCGUAGUCUUCACUCAAGAUGCUAUUGUGAAACCGAUUUUAGUUCUACCGGAAGGAUUUCCCAUCGAAACAACAAAAUCGGCAUUCGUUUGCCCUAAAGACUUCAGUGAUGAUUCAAGUAUUUCUUGGAAUCUCGAUCUGCCGGAUGACUUUGUAGCAGACAGUGUGAGAGCAUAUGUUUCUCUCGUUGGAGAUCUCCUGGGCCCUGCUUUGGAAAACUUGGAUAAUCUGGUGAGAUUACCUUUUGGUUGUGGUGAACAGAAUCUGAUUCUAUUUGCUCCAAAUAUCCAAGCAAUUGCGUAUUUGGACGCGACAAGAAGGAGCUCAGUAAGUCCAGAGUUGAGAAAAAAAGCAAUCAGAAAUAUGGAAAAGGGUUAUCAACGAGAACUAAAUUACCGACAUCCAGAUGGUUCAUAUUCUGCAUUCGGACCUCACAGCUCCGAGAGCGGCGGAUCAAUGUGGCUCACAGCGUUUGUUGUCAAAUCAUUCGCUCAGGCGAGAAAUUACAUUCACAUAGACGAAAGGGAUUUGAAGUUAUCUGUAAAGUGGAUCAUCAAGAAACAGUUGGAGAAUGGUUGUUUUCCUCUGAUUGGUCGAGUCUUCCACAAAGAUAUGAAAGGAGGUCUUCAGGAUGAAAAUCAAUCCUUUCCAGCUGCGUUGACAGCCUACGUUUUGGUAUCACUACUGGAAAGUGGAAAAAGUCUUCCACCUUCGAUCAUCAGCAAUGCGUUGUUUUGCUUAGAGAAGGGAAUGCCUGAUGAAGCUGACGGUAAUCCUUACACUGCAGCAUUAGCAACCUAUGCUCUAACACUUUUGGAACAUCCCAACGCUAAUGCCAGUAUGAAGUCUUUAUUAUCAAGAUCAACACGUCUUCACGAUCUCAUGUGGUGGGAGGACAAGAAUAAACCAUCCAUGGGUUUGAGUAUUGAAAUGACAGCUUAUGCUGUACUCUCAUUAGUAAAACUCGGUGGAGAAGCAAAUAUGGCAUUGGCUCUAAAAGCAGUCCGGUGGAUGUCAAAGCAGAGAAAUGCAGAAGGUGGAUUCACCUCAACCCAGGACACUGUUCUUGGUCUUGAGGCACUUGCUAAGUAUGCAGCAGCUAUGUCCAGCAACUACACCGACUUGUCUGUACUUGUAACUGCUGGAGAUGUCGCUAAAGUUGUCAGAAUCCAUGAAGAUAAUCGAAUGGUACUCGUUCAGGUUCGCUUACCAGUACUCCCAACAUUAGUGGAAAUCUUUGCGGAAGGCGAAGGAUGUGUCCUCGUUCAGACUAACUUGAAGUACAAUGUCGCCAGAGCCACUGGGUCACAGGCUUUCGAUUUGGUUGUUAAUACUGAGCCCGUUGCUUCUGGGGAUGAGUGUUCAAUGCAGAAAAUCAGUGUUUGUGUUAGAUACAAAAUGGCUGAUGAGGAGAGUAAUAUGGCUCUGUUGGAGAUCGGAAUGAUCAGUGGAUUCAUACCAGACAAAGGGACUCUCCAUGCGCUACUCGAAGAGCCUUCUACUAGAGUCAAACGAUUUGAAGAAGAGCGAGAUUCCGUUACAAUGUAUUUCGACAAGUUGACUGGCGAAAGAACUUGUAUAUCAUUCUUAGUUACCCGCGAAAACAUAGUUGAAAAGGCUGAACCAGCAAUUAUCAAAUUAUAUGAUUACUAUCGUCAAGAAUUGACUUUUGUGAAAAGUUAUACAUUUGCAAAAACAUGUGGUAUACGUGAUGUGGACAUUGAAGGAUUAGAUUCACAACCCAAUGAUCCGGAACCAACGCCACUGUUCAAUCUCGAGGUUCCGAUAGAGAAAGAAAUAACAUCUCUUCAAAGAUCAGCCAAGGAUCUCCCGCAAGAUGCAAUCUUAGCACAAACAGCAGAUGAAGCAGGAGAUAAGGCCAAACAAACUGCUAACGAAACUAGCUAUCCAUCUCUUCCUCCUCCAGCAGUGAAAAAAUUAAUGACAAUCUUACAUGAAGUUUUACAAAAAAAUACAACACAGACAUUAAACUCUUCGACAGUUGAGAGAAUUCCUAUGACAUUCGCAACAUCAACCACAACUGAAUCCAUAGAAUCCAUUGAUGAAGUUGAUUUAGUAAAACACAUCGAACCUGGAAGUGGUUUAGAACCUGAGCAAUCGGCUGGGCAGUUCUUCGAUAAUCCAUCAUUUGUAGUGAUAGAUCACGAGUUGAAUACCCCAGACGGUAUUGAGGGACCUCCACCUGUCUACGUGAAACCACCUUCCAAUUUUCAGUUACAUCAAGAAGACAGAGAGCAUCCCAAGUUUUUCACACCCCAAAAUGAAACGGAAAAUAAUCGAUCUGGUAACCUGAAUGAAGAUUUUAAUAAUUCACCCCUGAAUCAAUCAGUAGUUAGUACCAGUUGUCCACUCUGUGGUGACAAAUUGCCAUUAGAUAUUAAAGACCUUUACUGCAAGUCAUCAGCAGCAGUCAAAGUAGCAAUCAGAAGACUUCGAAAGGCGAGACUGUUAUUGGAUUUGCGCUCUGAACCUCAACCCAAGCGUUUGAGAUUCAUGAUCGAACUGAGUAUGAAUGAAAACUGCACAUGUCCAGCUUUGGACAAGCCUGGAAGUCUUGCCUUGAUAUUUGCAACUGGAAACUCUACUUCGCCAAUUACAGAUUCAGUUGCGUACGAUCAUAAUCGUCUUGGAGGUAUCGGGGAGUAUGUUAAAAAACCUCUUGAUGGUAUGGUGUCGAUUUACACACUUCCAAACACUGGAUAUUCAUCAUCACAAAUUAUUGAAGCGCGAGAAUUCUGUCCAACUUCUCCAAAUACAUGAUGUGAAGACUAAAGUCUGAUUGUACACUUUAAAGUUUAAACAUUUUGUAAUAUUCUCAAUUAUUACCAAAGAGACGUUUCUGUUAGAAAUUAAUUUCUUUCACCAUUUAUCUCCAUUGGAAUCCAAUAACUUCAUUAUUAUGGUUAUAUUAUAAUUAUCACUACUACUAUCACUAUUAUUAUUAUUAUUAUUAUUAUUAUUAUUUUCGUGAUUUAUGAACAAUCAUACAUCUACCUUUUAUAGGUUUUUAUUUUAUUCAAUUUUUUGACAAUAACUGCUACGCGAAUAAACGUCUAACAACUAAUCACUGCAACUCGCUCGUCAAUUAUUAUUUUGUCACAAUUUGUUUUAUUAUCUUUAUUAUCGCUACCGUUGACCAAUGCAACAGCUUGCUAGAUUUUAUUACCAUAAAAUUGCAGAAAGAAAGAUAUAUCAGUAUUUUUAUUCCCAUUUUUUUCUUUGAAUACAUCAAUUGAAUCAACACCAAAUAUCUAUACGCUUUUCACCCUUCAUGAAUUAACUUUGAAUAUACGAUGUGAAAAUCUCCAAGUCAACAAAAGCUUAUGGAUGUAUGAGAGGUGGCAAUUCAUUUAAAUGGUAAAAGUGACAUUGGAGUUAUUGAUAUUAUUAUUAAUCAUCCAUUUCCGCCUCUAAUAUUAUCAAUUAUCCUCUUAUGUUGAUGCAAAAGCUUCUGUAUUUUUAAGGAAAUAAAGAUUAUUCCAACUCAAUCAGCGACAAUGUUUCGUGAUGGAGAAAAAUGAA